GGAUGAGAGCUGCUUUCCAAGAUGGCGGCGGAGGGAGGAGGGAAGGAAAUGAACGAAAUUAAGACCCAGUUCACCACCCGGGAAGGCCUCUAUAAGCUCCUCUCUCACUCUGAAUAUAGCCGCCCCAACCGGGUGCCGUUUAAUUCGCAAGGUUCCAAUCCGGUCAAGGUUUCUUUCGUUAACGUGAACGACCAGUCUGGUAACGGGGACCGGAUCUGUUUCAAUGUGGGCCGAGAGCUGUAUUUCUAUAUCUACAAAGGCGUCAGGAAGGCAGCUGAUUUGAGCAAACCUAUAGACAAGCGGAUAUACAAAGGAACGCAGCCUACUUGCCAUGAUUUCAAUCAUCUCACCGCCACCGCGGAGAGCGUCUCCCUGCUGGUGGGAUUCUCUGCCGGCCAGGUUCAGCUUAUAGACCCCAUUAAAAAGGAAACCAGCAAGUUAUUCAAUGAAGAGAGACUGAUAGACAAAUCUCGAGUAACCUGCGUAAAAUGGGUUCCAGGCUCCGAGAGUCUCUUUCUAGUAGCUCAUUCCAGUGGAAACAUGUACUUGUAUAACGUGGAACACACAUGUGGCACUACGGCUCCGCACUACCAGCUACUCAAACAAGGAGAAAACUUUGCGGUUCAUACCUGCAAGAGCAAGUCGACACGAAACCCUCUGUUGAAAUGGACCGUUGGAGAGGGAGCACUCAAUGAGUUUGCGUUUUCGCCCGAUGGGAAGUUCUUGGCGUGUGCGAGCCAAGAUGGCUUCCUUCGUGUGUUUAACUUUGAUUCGGUGGAGUUGCACGGUACUAUGAAAAGCUAUUUUGGUGGCCUGCUAUGCGUGUGUUGGAGCCCUGAUGGCAAAUAUAUUGUGACGGGCGGAGAGGAUGAUUUAGUAACUGUCUGGUCGUUUCUUGACUGUCGUGUAAUAGCCCGAGGCCAGGGGCAUAAAUCGUGGGUCAGCGUUGUGGCAUUUGAUCCGAAUACCACUAGUGUAGAAGAGACCGACCCUAUGGAAUUUAGUGGAAGCGAUGAAGAUUUCCAAGAGCUCAUCAGUUUUGGAAGAGACAGAGCAAAUAGUACGCAGUCAAGAUUGUCAAAAAGGAAUUCGACGGACAGUCGCCCCGUUAGCGUGACCUAUAGAUUUGGCUCGGUGGGCCAAGACACGCAGCUGUGUUUAUGGGACCUUACAGAAGAUAUCCUCUUUCCUCAUCAGCCGCUUUCAAGAACAAGGACACAUACGAACGUCAUGAACGCAACAAGUCCACCCGCCAGUGGCGGAGGUCCGAAUCCAGGAAGUAACGGCAACAGUAUCACGACACCGGGCAGUUCCGUACCUCCCCCUCUCCCCAGGUCCAACAGCCUCCCCCACUCGGCCGUGUCCAACACCGGCAGCAAAAGCAGCGUGGAUAGUGCCAUUGCCUCCGGAGUGAGCAAAUUUGCCACCCUGUCCAUUCACGAUCGCAAGGAAAGGCACCACGACAAAGACCACAAGCGAAACCACAGUAUGGGACACAUAUCUAGCAAGAGCAGCGACAAACUGAACGUAGUUACUAAAAACAAAACGGACCCCGCUAAAACUUUGGGGACGCCUCUUUGUCCCAGGAUGGAAGAUGUUCCUUUGUUAGAGCCUCUUAUCUGUAAAAAGAUAGCACAUGAAAGACUGACUGUGCUUAUUUUUCUUGAAGACUGUAUAGUCACUGCUUGUCAGGAAGGAUUUAUUUGCACAUGGGCAAGGCCUGGUAAAGUGGGUUUAUUAUCAUCCCAAAACCAAGCCAAUUCUCCAAGUGGAACUGUAGUAUAGCCAUCACACUACUGCUAGCAGAACAUACACAAGACCAGAAUGACAGAUGAACCAGGAGCUGUCCUUCAGCCACAGAACAACAUAGUACAAAUAUCAGAACGUAAAUUUUGGAAUUCUGUUAAAGUAAACAAAAUGAGAAAAAAACACAAAUCACAGUAUAUUUGUCAAAAAUAACAUUGGGAAAAUACGUUUUUAUUUAAGAAUUUUGGCUGAUCAACUAAGAGUUCCAUAAAAAUAAAAUAAAA